CCUCAAUGGCGGCGUCCUGUGAAACCAAUACAGCGGCUCAGCGUCCGAUGAUUUAGUAGUGUCUGAUCAUGAGGGUGAUCUUUCUUGUGCUGGUCUUGCUGAGGGUCCAGCAUGUGCACUCAGCAUCUAAAGGAGUCGUCGCCAGUCUUCAGGCCAAAUGGUCCAUGACCCCUCUCCUGCUGGAAACAAGUGAGUUCAUCAGAGAGGAUGAUGAAGAGAAGUUCUGGAAGUUUGUCUAUACUGUGAAGGAGUUAACUGUUUACAAAUAUGGAGAAUCUGUCCGGUCGUAUUAUAACCUGAUCAUCAAGAAGGCUGGACAGUUUUUGACAGAUCUUCAGGUCAACCUGCUGAAGCUGUCUUUGUCUCUCAGGGCUUACUCACCGGCUGUGCAUGCAUUCCAACAAAUAGCAAGAGAUGAACCUCCUCCUGAUGGCUGUGUUGCCUUCGUGGUUGUUCACGGUCAAAAUGCCUGCAGCACCAAGGAUAUGAAGAAGCUCUUGAAGACUGCAGCAGGCAGGCCAAGACCAUACCUAUACAAGUCUGACCACCAGUACCCCGGAGUCAAUGGAACAGACCUGCCUGUAGCUGUUCUUUAUGCUGAAAUCGGCACCAAGGACUUCAACACUUUUCAUAAGGUUCUGUCAGAGAGAGCACAGGAAGGCAAACUCAUCUAUGUGCUACGACACUUUGUGUCUGAGCCGAAAAAUGAAAAGAUGCUGCUCUCUGGAUAUGGUGUUGAACUGGCAAUUAAAAGCACUGAGUACAAAGCUGUUGAUGACACACAAGUUAAAGAAUCUAAAUCAGUCACCACUGAUAAUGUGGAUGAAAAUGAUGAAGUCCAAGGAUUUCUUUUUGGGAAAUUAAAAAAGUCUCACCCAGAGCUUCAGGAGGAACUUGGAGAGCUGAGGAAGCAUCUACUGGUGGAGAGCACCAAUGACAUGACUCCUCUCAAAGUGUGGGAGCUCCAAGACCUCAGUUUCCAGGCGGCAUCUCGGAUCAUGACUGUGCCAAAGUUUGAUUCUCUCAAACUGAUGCAAGAGCUUAGCCAAAAUUUCCCCAGCAGAGCCAGAUCACUGACAAGAGUGGCCGUAAACCAAGACAUGAAGAAAGAAAUAGAAGACAAUCAAAAGAGGUUGAGUGAGUCGAUGGGGAUCCAUCCUGGAGAUGCCAGUCUGUUCAUUAAUGGAAUACACAUUGACCUGGACCUUCAUAACCCUUUCAGCAUCCUGGACAUUCUCAGAACCGAGGCUAAGAUUCUCGAAGGUCUUCAUAACCUUGGCAUCAAAGGAAGCAGCAUUAGUAAGUUCCUGCAUUUACCAUCAUCAGCCACUUUAGAGGACAGCUACGCUCUGGACAUCCGCCACACAUCCAUUAUGUGGGUUAAUGAUAUUGAGAAGGACUCCAUGUAUCGUCAUUGGCCCUCAAGUCUCCAGGAGCUCCUCAGAGCAACAUUUCCUGGAGUUAUUCGACAAAUACGCCGUAACUUCUAUAACCUGGGUCUGUUUCUUGACCCAGUACAAGAGGAGAGCAUUGAGCUGGUGAAAUUAGCAGAACUCUUUUACAAACAUAACAUUCCUCUCAGGAUUGGGUUUGUGCUGGUUGUCAGUGCAGAUGAUAAAGUGGAUGGAUAUUUGGAUGCAGGUGUUGCUCUCUUUAGACUGUUAAACUACAUCUCAGAGGAGUAUGACGAAGCACAGGCUUUUACGUCCAUGGUGUCAAUAUUUAACAGGGUAGAAGUUGGGGAGUCUCUCUCUGUGGACACAGUAACUGCAUAUCUGAAAAAGAAAUUUCCAAAAGCAAAUGCUGCCAGAAUUCUUGGAGUGGACUCGAGCUAUGAUGACAACAGAAAGGCCGGAGGAGGGUUUUACAGAAAGAGUGGUUUAGGUGCUUUACCAGUAGGUCUGUUCAAUGGUGUUCCACUCAGUAGUGAGGAGAUGGACCCAGAAGAACUGGAGACGGCUCUUCUGCAGAAAAUCAUGGAAACUACCAACUUCUUCCAGAGAGCUGUCUUUAUGGGUCAGAUCACUGAAAGUGUUGAUGUGGUGGACUUCCUAAUGGAGCAGGCCAAUGUAGUCCCCCGUAUCAACCCUCUCAUUCUGAGCUCUGAGAGGCGAUAUCUGGAUUUCACUUCCUCACCAGUUGCUGAUGACUGGGAUGACACAACUGUGUUCUCAUACUUGGACUCCAGAGACAAAACGGCAGUUGUCUCUAAGAGAAUGAAGUAUUUCAUCAGAGAUGAAGAGGAGGUGUUGUAUGGAGGGACCGUGUGGAUUGUAGCAGAUAUUGAACAGCCCUCUGGAAGGCAGUUGCUCCGGAAUGCCUUGAAACAUAUGAAAUCCAGCAGCUCCAGCUGUCGUGUCGGGGCGAUCAAUAACCCCAGUGGAAAGCCCACGGAGGACAACAGCGGUCUGUACCGAGCCGUCUGGGCUUCUCUCCUCACCCAAAGCAGCAAGAACACGCUCGACUUCACCCUAAAACUCCUCAAAGAAGAAAAUGUUGAGCUCCUCAAACAAGGCACCAAGAUUAAGCACUUACUUCAACAGGGUAUGGACCAUGAUGCCUUUGAGAAGAAGUUCAACACGAUGGAGUUGGACUUUCUGCACAGCCAGCAGAAGUACUGUAAGGAAGUUCUGAAGCUGAAAGCCGGACAGAGAGCUGUAGUCAGCAACGGCAGGAUCCUGAGCCUUUUGGAUGAAGAAGAAGAGUUCAGUGUGGAAGAUUUCCAUCUGCUAGAGAAGAUCACACUUCGCACUUCAGCAGAAAAGAUUAAAUCCAAGAUCAAGCAGAUGAACUUGAAUGCCCAAAAGGCCAGUGAUUUAAUCAUGAAAGUAGACGCUCUCCUCACUUCGUCGCCUAAAGGAGAGGCCAGAAAAGACGUCAAAUUUCUGAAGGACAAACACAGCGUUCUUCAGUUGGCACAGCGGGAAGAUGAGGUGUUUUAUGAUGUGGUUGCCAUCGUGGAUCCUCUCACCAGAGAUGCACAGAAGUUGGCUCCUUUAUUAGUUGUACGUACAACUUUGGUCAUGUCUAAGAGCUUGUUCCUCAGCUUUUAUCGAUAUGUUUUGGAGCCGGAUGUUUCGUUCUUUGGCAACAACUCCCUUUCCCCCGGCCCUGUGGCCCGCUUCACUGAAAUCCCAGAAUCCCCUCUGCUCACUCUUAAUAUGAUCACCCCAGAGAGCUGGAUGGUUGAGGCGUUCAGGAGCCCGUAUGAUCUAGAUAACAUCCACCUACAAGAGGUCAGCGGUGUUGUCAAUGCGGAGUAUGAGCUUGAGUAUCUGCUGUUGGAGGGCCACUGUUUUGACCUGUCCACAGGUCAGCCUCCCAGAGGACUUCAGUUUACACUGGGCAUGAGACAGGAACCUCUCAUGCAUGACACCAUUGUCAUGGCUAACCUAGGCUAUUUCCAGUUGAAGGCCAACCCCGGCGCCUGGAUGCUGAGGCUGCGUGAGGGCCGCUCAGAGGACAUCUAUCAGAUACAAGCGCAUGAUGGUACGGACUCUCCUCUUGAUGCUGGUGAUGUCAUUUUGGUGCUCAACAGCUUCCACAGCAAGAUCAUCAAAGUUAGAGUCCAGAAAAAGCCUGACAAACUCAAUGAGGAUCUUCUAAGUGAAGGAACAGAAUCCAAAGGCCUGUGGGAUUCCAUAACCAGUGUGUGGAGCUCUUUGGAGAAAAGCUUUGCCGGUGGCCCGAGUGUGGACGAGGAUGACAAGAAGAAAGACGUUCUCAACAUUUUCUCAGUGGCCUCUGGACAUUUAUAUGAGCGCUUCCUGAGAAUAAUGAUGCUCUCUGUCCUUCAACACACCAAAACCCCUGUCAAGUUCUGGUUCCUCAAAAACUACCUCUCCCCCUCAUUCAAGGACACCAUCUCUCACAUGGCGAAGGCUUAUGGUUUCCAGUAUGAGCUGGUCCAGUAUAAGUGGCCCCGCUGGCUUCACCAGCAGACAGAAAAGCAACGUAUCAUCUGGGGUUAUAAGAUCCUUUUCCUGGAUGUGCUUUUCCCCCUGGCUGUGGACAAGAUCAUCUUUGUAGAUGCUGAUCAGAUUGUCAGGGCAGAUAUAAAGGAGCUGAGAGAUCUGGAUCUAGAGGGCGCCCCCUAUGGGUACACACCAUUCUGUGACAGCCGAAAAGAGAUGGAAGGCUAUAGUUUUUGGAAGACUGGCUACUGGGCUUCUCAUCUUGGACAAAGGAAAUACCACAUUAGUGCAUUAUAUGUAGUGGACCUAAAAAAAUUCAGAAAGAUCGCAGCUGGAGACCGGCUCAGAGGGCAGUACCAAGCCUUAAGCCAAGAUCCCAACAGUCUGUCCAACCUGGACCAGGACCUUCCCAACAACAUGAUCCAUCAAGUAGCCAUCAAGUCCUUACCUCAGGAGUGGCUGUGGUGUGAGACCUGGUGUGAUGACAGUUCCAAAGCUACAGCCAAGACCAUAGAUCUGUGCAAUAACCCGAAGACCAAAGAGCCCAAGUUAAGUGCAGCGGUGAGGAUUGUUCCAGAAUGGUCCAAGUACGACAAUGAGAUAAAGCAGUUUUUCAAACAGGUGAAGGAGCAGAAGGAGAAAAUUACCGAGGGUAGACCAUCAUCAUCACCACCACAGCACACAGCAGGCACUCGACGUGAUGAACUUUAGUACUUGAGUGCUCAUAUUGCACCAGUCUUCCUGUGAAUCUUGAACUCAACCAUACAGAGAUGUUUUCCACGACAGGAACACUGAGGAAAUGCACACUAGGAAACGUUUUAAAGGACUUCAUGACAUUUUUUUUAUGUACAUGAUUUUGAAUGAAGGUUUAGUUUGAAUCCUCUCUGACUUCAAGUUGUAAACUGUAUAAAUGACACAGCUUUUUUAUAAAUAAUGGUUGGCAAAAAGAGUUAAAACAAUUGCAGUGUUAUCUGAUAUUUUUGGCCAGUUUAUGAACUUGCAAUGGUACUGGUGUAUAUUUAUAAAGGACAAACAUGUCAAUAUUGUGUACAUUCCUCCAGAGAAGACUAGAAAUGUUUCUUUUUUGUAACAGUUUCAGUAAAUAUUCUGUCAUCAUAUUUUAAGUCAGUGUUUGCAAAUGAAAGGUAUCUGUGAUUUCAAAGGUCUCACUAAUAAAUUCACUUUUAAAUUGCCUUGAUAUGUUGAAAGACUGAACACUACCAAGUAGAGCUCUCUAAGAUGUACAGUAUAUUUCCAGAAUAAACUAUACAAUUGUAAACUAUUAUAUGGGGGGGGGGCUGGGGGGUCAAAUUCCCAUGUUUAUUGCUAUCAAAGAGACAGAUCUUUUACAUUCCGUUUUAUUUUUAUUACAUCAAUAACUUUUUCCUAUGCCU